CACUUGCUGGCAGAUACAAGAGAAAAUUGACAAUGGCAAACAACAUGACAAGCAAUGAAGUCCAUCAUCUUUGUGACAGUGACUUUCCCAGUAUUACUGGCCCUUCCCUCAUCUUGAUCUUCAUCCUCAGUGUCAUAGGCAACAGCCUCCUCUUAUGUGUUCUUUUCAUCUACGAGGGCCUGAAAAGUAUCACAAAUAUUUUCAUCCUGAACCUGGCCUGCUCUGAUUUGAUCUUCACCAUCACGCUUCCGUUCUGGGCCGUUGAUCACCUACAACAAUGGGUCUUUGGGGACUUUAUCUGCAAAUUAAUGACUGCCAUAUUCUUUGUUGGUUUGUAUAGCAGUGUCAUUUUACUGACCGCCAUGACAGUGGCCCGUUUCAUUAGGGUGGUGCUGCCAAACUGGAAAAGCAACCGUACUAGAAGAAAGAGGUAUGCAAUCGGCGCCUGUAUAGCUGCCUGGAUCAUCAGCAUCUCGGCAUCCCUGAGUGAUGCAAUUAAAGUAAAAGCCAUAAACUGGGAUAAUCAUAUUUAUUGUGUUGAUGAAUCUGAAGACAAGCUUGGACGUUAUCUCCAAGUGUCAUUGCUAUUCUUCCUCCCAUUUGCCAUCAUUAUUUUUUGCUAUUCUGCAAUCCUCAAGACAGUUUUACAAGGUUUAAGUAGAAAGAAGCACAAGACUGUAGCUGUGCUGUUGUGUAUUGUUGCAGUCUUCUUCGUUUGCUGGGGGCCAUACCAUAUUAUGCUUUUAAUUAAAUCUCUUUAUGAACCCAAAGGUUGCAAGGCAAAGGAACGGUUAGCAGUUGCCUACCAUAUAAGUGAAAUGCUUGCCUAUUCUCACUGCUGUAUGAACCCUCUGCUAUAUAUGCUCUCACAGAAGUUGCGAAAGAAUCUGUUUAAUCUUUUGAAAUGUAAAAAUUUGUGCAGUAAGAACAAGGAGGAAAAUAUUGGCCAGAAAACCUCUGGUAUUCAGAAUGUAGCUUUCACAGUAGACAACUCUUCUGUUAACACAGAACGACACAAUGAUCCAUUUAAAAGUCCCUCUUGA